AUGUCACAGAAGAAUAUUGGUGUUGUCGUCUUGCUGCUGGUAUUAGGAUGGGAUUGUGGGAAAGCGAUAAAAGACCUGCAGCCUGACGUGACUGACCAGGAGCUGUUCUGGGGAGCGGACCAGUAUGACUUCGCCAUUGUGCUGCCUGCCUCGGCCCUCGAAUGCUUCUGGCAUUUUGCACACUACGGCGAACACUUUUAUCUCAACUUCAUGGUUCAGUGGGCGACGGGAGUGGGUGUUGACAGACUGUUGAAAGUCACUGUAAAUGCUCCAAGUGGCCUUAUUGUGGGUUCAGCAGACGAUGUCACAGGAGAGAUUGCUUUCGAUACUAAAGAGACUGGCUUUUAUCAGAUGUGCUUUAGCAACUUCCACAACCGCUUUGGCAGCAUGCAGGUCUUCAUGAACUUUGGUGUGUACUACCAGGAUUCAGGGGAUUCCAAGGAAGAUGAACAUGGGAAACAGUUGAACAACACACUUCAUACCAUCGAGGAUAGUGCCACCCGGCUGCAGUUGUCUGUGUUCCACAUGUGGCGGUACUAUAGCAUUGAGCGCAUGAGAAGAGCAACUGAUUACUACCUGCUCCAAUCCAACUCUGGCUACGUCAGCAACUGGUCAGCUGCGCUGAGCCUCGUCAUUAUCCUGUCUGGAUACCUGCAGCUCUUCGUCCUCAAACGGCUUUUCAACACAAAGCAGACCACAGACACUAACAAACCCCGCUGUUGAUCUAUUCUGUACAAAUAAUGGUGAUCACAUGUGUGAGGACAAAAAGGACAUGAAUAGGGUUAUGAAAUUCAA